CGGAAAUACGCCAAACUGCAAAAUGGCUGACAAUUCAACAUCGGAAAAUUCUGGAAAGAAAAUUAAAGUUACCGUAAAAACUCCGAAAGAAAAACAAGAAAUUGAUAUUGAUCAGGAUGCCAACGUCAAACAGGUGAAAAUGCAGUCAUCUAUUCCAGACGAUUUAAAACAUACCUUGUUGCGGGAACUAGUGGCAGAGAAGUUUGGGUCACCUAUUGAACAGUUGUGUUUGAUAUUUGCUGGGAAGAUAUUGAAAGAUGAUGAAGCUUUGGCACAACAUUCUAUCAAAGAUGGCAUGACGGUUCACCUUGUUAUUAAGUCAGCCAACAGGACAGCAGCUACAUCCAGUCCUGCUUCAACUGAAACUACUGGGUCAGCACCUACACAGCCUGCAGGUACAGCUUCGACACCAGAUGUGAGUGCUUCACCUUUUGGCCUGGGCAGUCUGGGAGGGUUGGCUGGCAUUGGCAACAUUGGUAUGGGCUCGGCUAACUUCAUGGAGAUGCAACAGAGGAUGCAACAACAGGUAAUGCAGAAUCCUGAUAUGUUACGACAGAUGAUGGAGAAUCCAUUUGUACAACAGAUGAUGUCUAACCCGGAUGUUAUGCGACAGUUAAUGAUGGCAAACCCUCAAAUGAGAGAUGUUAUGGAGAGAAAUCCAGAGAUUACACAUAUGCUGAACAAUCCAGAACUAAUGAGACAGACACUAGAAUUGGCCAGAAACCCAGCUAUGUUACAAGAAUUAAUGAGAUCACAGGACAGAGCUAUGAGUAAUCUAGAGAGUAUACCGGGUGGGUUUAAUGCUUUACAACGUAUGUACACAGAUAUACAAGAGCCUAUGAUGAAUGCUGCACAGGAGGGGUUUGGAUCUAAUCCAUUUGCUGGAUUGGUCGGCAAUGCUGAUGGUAAUACACAAGCUGGACGUGAGAAUACAGAUCCAUUGCCAAACCCCUGGGCACCAAGAUCCACUACGGCAUCAUCAUCCACAUCUACAACAGCCACCUCCACAUCCUCAACAACUGGUUCUGGACAGACUGGAAUGUUUAACACCCCUGGAAUGUCAAGUUUAAUGUCUCAGAUGUCGGCAAAUCCACAGUUGAUGCAGAACAUGCUACAAGCCCCUUACAUGCAGUCAAUGAUGGAAUCUAUGUCAGCUAAUCCAGAACUAGCAAAUCAGAUUUUAGGAAGUAAUCCAAUGUUUGCAAACAAUCCACAGCUUCGUGAACAGUUCCAGAGAAAUUUACCACAAAUGAUGCAACAGAUGCAGAAUCCAAAUGUGCAGGGCAUGUUGACCAACCCUAGGGCACUUCAGGCGAUGCAACAGGUCAUGUCUGGGAUGCAAACAUUAAAUACAGAAGCUCCUGGGCUUUUCCCUGGGAUGGGACUUCCAGGUGCAAAUUUUAGCAUGCCACCAGGAAUGGGUGGUGCAAGUACUACAACUUCAGCAACCUCGACCACAACAACAGCAUCUCCAACAAGUCUGAGCUCCUCAACCACGGCUACCACUACUGGCACUACCACCACACCAGCUGCUGGUUCAAACCCAACCACUAACCCACAGACGCCGGGAGGUGUUGAUCCAUUUUCAAACAUGAUGACUCAGAUGAUGAGCAUGAUGUCCCAAGGCACAGGUAACCAACCACCAGAACAGAGAUUUGCCACACAAUUAGACCAGCUUGCUAUGAUGGGUUUUGUAGAUAGGGAAGCAAAUAUUAGAGCAUUACUUGCAACAUUCGGAGAUGUGAAUCAAGCCAUAGAAAGAUUAUUACAACAAAGAUGAUGUAAAUUAUGAGCAAAGAACAAAAAAAAAAUUUAUUCAGAAUUUUCUAAUGUCAAAUUAUUGGACUUGUUGUAAAGAAUGUUUUUUUUUUUUAGAGCUUCAUACCUCUUUCUAAUCAUUGGUACUAUUGUGAAAUUAAUAGUAUGUCCCGGGUCAAUGCUUCAGCUUAUAUCUUGCAACUGGUAUGUUUUAUUUCUGGAGAAUGUGAUAAAAAGAGUCUGCCGAGUCUGUAAGGCACACUGGAUGUGUCUUAACAUUAUUUCAUUCUGGAGACAAUUUCGAGGGGUGAAUGUGAAAGAGGUCCAAGUGCAUAUAAAUAAAGAGAUGCAUUCACCUCUCGAUGUGAUGUACCUCGGUAUAUCUGGUUGAUAAAAUGAUGUCACUACAAUGACAUGUAAGAUACUGAAAAUUAUUUCUAAAACCCGUGUUUUAAUUGGUAUAUAAAUGAUUCAUGUUAACUACAGUACAUAGGAAUGGCAUUUCUGAAGUACAGAAGUUGAGAAAUUAGUGAUGUUAGAAAGACUGCGAUGUCAUACGUAUAUGUAACCAUCUACAUCUAGGAUUAUCUUUAUUUCAGAAAGCAUUGAAAAUGUGAAAAUAUUGAAAAACAAAGCAUUACAAGUAAUGCGCACAAUAUAGCUAUACACGUUCAAGUGUACUUGUUAAAUUAAUCUCAGAUUUAAAAGUACAGAUAAAACUUGAUAUGAGCCAUGCCAUGAGAAAACCAACAUAGUGGCUUUGCGACCAGCAUGGAUCCAGACCAGCCUGGUCAGGAUCCAUGCUGUUCGCUUUUAAAGCCUAUUGGAAUUGGAGAAACUGUUAGCGAACAGCAUGGAUCCUGACCAGACUGCGCGGAUGCGCAGGCUGGUCUGGAUCCAUGCUGGUCGCAAAGCCACUAUGUUGGUUUUCCCAUGGCGCGGCUCAUAUCUCAAACUCACUUAUCUCAAAAUUCUGGCUGUUUCGUAGACAUUUUCCGUCUGGAAAACACAUUAAAAAAAUACCAUU